CCUUGUGGCCGCGCAACAACGCAGCUAAUUGAAAACAAUAAAGCACAAGCAAACCGCAGUGUCGGAGACUUUCGGUUUCCCCGGGAGUGACUUUGCGCAGGAUUGGGCCUUCUACCACUUCAAACAUAUACAAAGCUCCUGAAGCCUCACACCUACUUAAGUACUAAAUAAAUUGGACACAGCGCUCACUGUCAGCAACUCCGUUUGCGCCACCGAGACCUUGCCGUUUCGGCCGUUUUCCAGUCCCAGGUGCCGGCUAAAAUGGGAAACACCUGCACAGGAGUGGCCAAUAUGGUCACGGAGGAUGAAAUCAAAGAGGCGGUGCGGAGCAUUGAGGAAUGGCAGAAGAACCAAGCCAACGCCGCGAGGAAUGGAGGGCCACAGAGCAGCACGGGCCCGCUGCUCCAGCGUGUGGGCGGUUCCGACGUGGUGAAGCACGUGGUGGAGCUGUUCUACCGCCACCUCUACGCCGACCCCUCACUCAUAAAGUUCCUGCACGAUCAAGAAAUGACGCACCUGCGGGCCAAACAAUCCGCCUUCAUCUCAUGGCUGUUCGGCCCCCCCAACGUGCCGUACACGGGCAAGUCGGUCCGCAUCGCGCACCUGCGCAUCAUCAAGCAGCGGGGCUUCAGUCCCGAGGACUUUGAUCUGGGCAUGAAGUACUUUGCCGAAUCCAUGCGCGAGCUCGGGGCGCCCGAGAUCCUUAUCAAUGAAGUCUUGCGCCGUAUCACGCCGUACAAGGACGCAAUCUUCACGCCCAGUGCCGGUGAUGCCGCGGAGGAGGCGCGCUGGGCGGCGGAGGCGGCGGCCGCGUCGCGGGCCGCGUCACGCAAGGAGCUGCUGACGGCUGGGUCCAAGGCGCCGUCGUCUUCACUGCAAGGCGCGGACGCGACUGCGACGGCUUCAGACGCCGCCGGUGGCGCCGAUGCACAGAAGCCGGCAGCGCUGCUGGCGGGUAUCGCGGAAGUGGCGGAGGGCGCGACCGAUACGUUCGUAGGCGCAGUGGCGGCGCCAGUUGCUGUCGGCAGCCGGCCCGGCUCCCGGCAGUGCCCGUUCACCGGCGGCCGCCUGUCCCGCCCCGCCAGCGCCGCAGUGGCGCCCACCGCGACGGCAGCGGUGGCGGCGGCGGCUCAGGCGGCGGCAGGCUCAGAUGUGAGCGCUGCGGUGUCGGCCGGCCUCCACCCGCCCGUGCCAAGCGCCGACAAUGCGCCCGUUGCUGUCGAGGCCAAGCCUCCUUCCCGUGCGCCGUCAGCGGCAGUGUCGCCGCCGCCGCAGCAGCAGACAUCGCUGUCGGCGGCGCCGCCAGGUCGCAGCGCGACCCAGUUGGAGCAGGAGCUGGAGUCUCUGGGCCGUGGGGUGGAUGUCUUGGACGCAGCUCAGGCAGUGGUGGUCGGGGAGGAGGCGGUGGUGGCGGAGGCGGCAGCGGCGUUGCAGCGGGUGGAGGUGGCGCCGGCGGAGGAGGGCGCGGCGGCGAAAGCGGCGGCGGCAAACGUGGCGGCGCCGGCAGAGCCGCAGCUGGUGCUGUCAGGCUCGGGGCGGCAGAUGGCAGAGGUGUUCUGAGGUGGUGCCUGGCUGGAUGGCUGGUGUGUUAAUUGCGUGAAUGAUUCGGUAAAGCACGUACUUGGCAACAUUGAGUACUUGGGCACGAGGCAGCGAACCCCUUUCAGUGACGCUGCAGUGGUCGGUACAGAUGCUCGGAGUUCACCAAUAUUGCCUCCACUACCGUAGUUCACUGCGUUUGCUAAGUUUCAUUACCGUACUGUAUGUAUAGUCUGGCGUAAGAAGUGCCUGAGACGCUGCUGGCGCUGCCGGACCGGAAGAUGCACGGUACCAUGAACACGUGUCCUAAAUCAUAAUGGAUGUUAAAAGUGAGCUGAUAAGUUAUGCAUUACGGUGUGGUGGUGCAUGGCACGCAGUUGACUUAUGAAGACAGACCAGGGGACCUUGCUGACAUGAGUGUGAUGGUCGGUCGGUCCGUUGCUGCCGCAGUGACGCCGUUUUGUGACCGGGUGGCCCUCUUUGCACCGUACGGUAGGCUGCAGUCGCGCGGAGUCACGACAUUCCCAUUCCCUGUUGCGUCACUUACGUUUGCCGGAAUUGUACGCCGCACUGAUUUAUUGCCGGGUCCGCUAUGGAACUGUGACCCCGAUGACAAGAUUGCCAAUCUUAACUGUUGGGCCUGCCUGACGCGCAUGCCUUCCGGUCGCGGCGGCCGCACUCGGUGAAGGAACUGCUACCUAUGAUAGCAGCUCGGCGCUCGCAACAUGCGCGCCUACUGAUGGAUGACUUCCUGCCUAAGGACAGCGGAGACUGUAAAGUGAAGAUGCG